AUGAUGCCACCGAAGCCACUGCCAGUCCCUCGUCCGCCAACAUCGAGACAAGCGACGCAGAGUGGUGCUUCUUUAUUUUCACAAUGCGCAAUGCGGCAUGUCUUUCGGGAUAACAAGACCUUCAACGAGAUCUUUCGACGUUGGCACCGUCUGUUUCGCCAGCUCUAUGAGCAUGACUAG